AUGGGUCUCCUCGCCAAUGUUGCCGGCCCCGUGGGCAACUUUACCUCCAACUCGUCCACGCCCGUCGUCGCCGCCGCCGGCUUCGCCUCCUUUAUCCUGCUCGCCAUCGUUCUCAAUGUCUUGAAGCAGCUGUUGCUCAAGAACCCCAACGAGCCGCCUCUGGUCUUCCACUGGCUGCCCGUGAUUGGCAAUACCGUCACAUAUGGCAUGGACCCGUAUGCGUUCUUCUUUGCCGCUCAGAAGAAGUAUGGCAAUGUCUUCACCUUCAUUCUCCUCGGUCGCAAGAUGACUGUGUGCCUGGAUACCACUGGCAACAACUUCAUCCUCAAUGGAAAGAUCAAGGACGUCAAUGCCGAGGAGAUCUACUCCCCACUCACCACACCCGUUUUCGGCAAGGACGUUGUAUAUGACUGCCCCAACUCAAAGCUCAUGGAGCAGAAGAAGUUCGUCAAGUACGGUCUCACACAAGACGCUCUCCGCUCCUACGUUACCCUCAUCACACAAGAAUGCGAAGACUUCAUGAAGCGCCACGAGACUUUCAAGGGACAAAAGGGUACAUUCAACGUCCCCAAGGUCAUGGCCGAACUCACCAUCUACACCGCCUCUCGUUCGCUCCAGGGCGAGGAGAUCCGCAGGUCGUUCGAUUCCAGGUUCGCUGAGCUAUACCACGACCUCGACAUGGGCUUCUCACCCGUCAACUUCAUGUUGUCUUGGGCCCCGCUUCCUCACAAUCGCGCACGCGACAACGCACGAGAGACGAUGAUUAAGCUAUACUCUGAACUCGUUCGCAAGAGGAGAUCGGGUGCGGCCAAGAAGGACUCACACGACAUGAUCUGGCAUCUGAUGGACUGCAAGUACAAGGACGGCACACCAGUUCCUGAGCACGAGAUUGCCGGAAUUAUGAUUGCGCUGCUCAUGGCUGGUCAACACUCUUCCUCAUCGACCAUCUCAUGGAUCCUGCUCCGCUUGGCACAGAACUCACACCUGGUAGAGGAACUCCUCGCUGAGCAGAAGUCUGCUCUUGGUGAGGAUCUCCCAGAAAUUACUUUCGAAGACCUCCAGAAGCUACCUCUCCACGCUCAAGUCGUCAAGGAAACCCUUCGUAUCCAUGCCCCGAUCCACUCAAUCAUGCGCAAGGUCAAGCAACCCCUCGUCGUCGACGGCACCAACUAUGUCGUACCCACCUCGCACACUCUUAUGUCUUCGCCUGGUUUCUCCGCUCUGCUCGAUACCCACUUUGUCAAUCCCGCUGUCUGGGACCCGCACCGCUGGGACCCCGAGCACCAACAAUACGACGAGGAGCGCGACGAUGCCGAUCAAGAAAAGAUUGAUUAUGGUUGGGGUGUCGUUUCCAAGGGAACAAACUCUCCUUACCUGCCUUUCGGCGCUGGAAGGCAUCGCUGCAUCGGUGAGCAGUUUGCUUACCUUCAACUGCAGACUAUUCUCGUAGCAUUUGUGCGCGAGUUCAAGCUGAGGAAUGUGGGUGGCAGCAAGGACAUUGUUGGCACCGACUACUCGAGUUUGUUCUCCAGGCCGUUGGCUCCUGGUAUCGUCGAAUGGGAGAGGAGGCAGUAG